AUGGAGAAAGAGGGUAGCGUCUUUCGAUGCUUCAAAACCCGAUCGGGUGCGAUCCUGCUAGAUUUCGACAAGUGGCGCCCUGCAAUUCGCGAACGCUUCUUACUACAUGCGUAUCAUUCAUCCCGGGCAAACAGCAAAAUCAACGACAUGGUUGAACACUACGAGGGACUGUUUCUCAGUCGGCAACAGGAGAUUGACACGUGGAAGGGCAAGUUUUCUGCUCUCGAGGAUGACCUCCGCUCUUCUUCCGGCUCUAAGCAUGAAUUGGAAGACCGAGUCGACAAUCUCACAUCCGAACUCGCAAAAGUGAAAAGUGAGCUACAAGACCAGUACGAACGGAAUUGCCAACUUCAGGAUGAGUUUUCCGGCGUUGAAGGUAGACUCUCCGAAUCCGAAUCAACCGCCUAUUCCUUGAAUAACCAACUCGUCGAACUUAACGCGAAGUACAAGGCGAUCGUCAAGCUGCGGGACUCCGAGUUGGCAAGGUCGGCAUCAAAGGCCAGGAAAGAGGUCAAGGGACACGGGAUGGAGUUGAUUCAAGGGGCCAUCCGUUUCAUGCAAACCGAGAAGGCACGAUCGGUGCUUGAAUCGGAUAUCAAGGAGAACGAGAGCAAUUUACUCUUGCUAGACCAAAUUCAUGAAGAGGGUUUCUCCGAAGAGCAAGAAAGGUCCGAGCUGACGGCUAGUUUAGCCGAAAAACGAAGUCGCUUCGCAGCCAUUCCCGCUUCCUCUUUCAACCCUCAGCAGUUGAGGAGUUCUUCACCAAGUCACCUCCCUUGGGAACUGUUCUUCCUAGGUCCAAGUGAGACGGAAGGUGCUGCCCCAUCUGAGGUUCCUGCCGUACAGGUGGUCAUCCCGGACGAUGAUUGUGCUGUUGGAAGCGAGCAGGGAACAUCCUCUGAACAAGUCCCGGCCAAGGAGCUGAAUGAACCCUCGUCAACCGAAGUCGAGCCCGAGAUGGAUGAUGACCCGUAG